AAGCAAGGUUAAGUCCUCACUCUUCCUCAACAAACACUCGAAUUAAGAUGAAAAGUUUGCUACCAUUAUUGACGACGCUGCUAGCGGUCAUUGCCGUUGUGGAAAGCGACCUAUCAUACCCGUCCAUCGACGCGAUACCUUUCGAGCAGACCGACCGCUACUGGCGUCAUCUACCGGCGUCGAUGCAGGGUCUCCGUAAUCUCACCGUUAACGAUUCGCAGCGCAUCACACACGGUGAGGAAGCGAAACGUUGUCAGUUUCCGUAUCAGGCUGUCCUUCACGUAUCGUUCAGCGAUAAAACAGCUCUCUGUGGUGGAACGGUACUCAGUGCUAAUUUCCUGCUGACAGCGGCCCACUGCGUAGAUGAAGGAAAUCGGACACCGGUUCGUCAAGGCACCGCUGGACUAGGAGUUCAUGAUCGUACUGCACAGAAUCCUGAAUAUCAGUGGAUUGUGUUCUACGCGAACGGGAUUAGCAUCCACAGCAAGUACGAUAGCAGAUCAAAACACAACGACAUUGCGACGAUUCGCCUAUCGCAGACGGCUCGGUUAGAUUCGUGCGUUCAACCGGUGAGGCUGCCAAUACUCGGCGAGACUAACGAAUUCGGUGGAUUCGCUGGAAUAGUUUCCGGCUUCGGAGUUACCGAGUCCGGUGGCAGUGUGUCACCUGUGUUGCGCUACACCAGCAAUCGGAUCAUGACGGUAGCGGAAUGUCGCGGUAAAUGGGACAACCUGGUGGAUGGUAGUGUGCACGUAUGUAUGGACAACGAGGGCGGACGGUCGGCCUGUAAUGGGGACUCCGGUGGUCCGCUGACGGUUGUCCAGGGAGGCACGAGCUUACAGAUCGGUGUCGUGUCCUUCGGUUCCUCUGCCGGUUGUUCCGUUGGAAUGCCGUCGGUGUACGCUCGAGUUACGGCGUACGUGCACUGGAUUCUGCAGUACUCGGAUUAUGAGCCGUGGGGUAAUGUCUUGUGAUGAUUAGAUUUCAGAUUAAAUUCUAAAAUAUAUGAAUCAUGUGUAAAACUUCUGUGUAUAUAAGUUAGUAUUCACGUUCCAGAACAACUUUAUCGCAUAAAAUAAAGAUUAACUUCCAGCAAACGGUGGAUCAAUUCUUA